AUGGCUAUAGAAGGAGUGGAUAACGAUGCACAGGGGUCACUGGAACAGUUGAAAAUUGCGGGUCGUAAAUAUAUGGAGAGUUUAAAUAAUUCAAGCUCGAAACAACAUCAGAUAACUGCACAGUUGCUUGCUUCUGCACUUUCUAAUAUUACAGAUAUUCCUGACCAAAUAAGGAAGCCAUUGAUUCGAAUAACAAUCAUAACAUGUUUUACUCGAUUUACAAAUCGACAUUCACAAGCUUCACUAUACCUCGUUAUAUCAGCUUUUGUGCGUGAAGAUCCAAUAAUUUCUAUGAAACACGUCGCGGAAGCAUAUGCAUCAUUCUUCGAACUCCAUAUAACUCCUUCGCGAUGGCUAACUGCAAAUUCAGUUCUAGCUGUCAAAUGGCUAUGUAGUCUCUGUAAUUUUAUAGAUCUAAAAGACGCCAAUAUCUUCAGCAGUUAUAUGUCAGCAUUGUUGUCAACUGCAUCACAGGUUUGUGCCAGUAAAAAAUUUGUGAAGAUUCAAAGUAAGAUGAAGACUAUCUUUAAUCAUGCCUUGCUGAAAACAGUUUUGGAAUGGAUUCGUAAUCAUUACACAUCCUGGUCGUCUUCCGGAGUAAACGUUCUUGCUCUUCUAAGUCUACUGCCUUGCACUGACGAACAUUUCAAUUUCUCAUUUUUUAUCAAUGUAUACGCUGCAAACACUCUUCUUGCGAAGCAUCGUCCAAGUGUUCAUGUUGUGGUUGCUAGCUCUAAGAUAUUCAAGCAGAUAAAUUCGGAAAUGUUCCGGGAUGAAAUUAUGUGUGUUGUUAAGAAAUCCAUGUUACGUAAUCCUGAAAUUGCGAUUUUCGGAAUUUUAUAUCUUCUGGAGUCGUUAACAAUCGAUUUGUCAUCUUUUGCGGUUGAUAUUUAUAAGAUUUUAUCGGCGUCGUUAAUUGCGUCGGUUGAUGAAAUUCGCAGUCAUGCUUCAUUGUGUGUUGCAGCAGUAGCAAAGAAAAUCAUUAGUCCUGAAGUUUUGAAGAGAUUAGUUGAUGGAGUAUUUGGAACUUAUUCAGGAUCUGACGGGAGAAUCGCUACUGUUGACCAGCGAAGUACUGUCCUGGAAACUUUAAAAUUGAUAAGCUGUCACGGAGUAAAGGAUAAAGCUGAGUGCGACAUUAUUGGUUCCGAUAUAUUGCAGAGGUUGAAUCCGUUAUUGAUUUCUGAAGUCCAUCAGGUUGUUUUGGAAGCUAUGUGGAAGGUGAUUUUAGCAUGGUCAGCGCAAAUUACAAAUUUGAAUGAAAAGUUGCAACCGAUUUUCAUGGCCUCCCUGAAAUCAUCAAACCGUUCAAUAACAUUGAGAAGUAUGGUAACUCUGUAUAAUAGUGAUAAUGGUAAAAAAAUGAAACUAAGUGGUGAUUUGCUGAGACUAGUUUUCGAUGCCUAUAAAUCACGCUCGAAUGCUGGUGAUUUUGUGGUUACAUCGCUUUUGCUUCUAGUUGAUGAAAAAUCUCAGGAAAAUGUCCAACAGACAUUGAAAAAUGAUUUCUUUAAAGAAAAAUUUAUCACAUCUUUUAACACUUCUGAUAUCUUAUAUACAGCAAAAUUAUCAGAUUGGAUGAUAAGAAAUACCAAAACCGAGGAUUGGAGUGAUCUCCGAAAUGUGUUCUAUGUUUUAUUCACGAGUCUUUUCUGGCCGGAUUAUGAAGUUCGCAGAGGUGCCAAUGAUAUUGUCAAGAAGUGUGUUGUCGAUAAAGGCAACACAUUUUGUGCUGCUUUCUUAGAUUUUUUAUUUUCCUACGUGACUUCGGGUCUUGCACAAGAGGCUUAUAAAAAAAUGGCAAUACAAAAUGAAGAAAAUGAACGAGUUCUUGGUGGCAAAUUAAUAGCUGCAACAGUGCGUGAAGCUAUGAUUCCUUUCAAUGCAACAGAAGAAAAUUUUGAUUUGGGCAUCCAUGUCCUCACAUCCGGACUUUUAAUGUCAUGCAGCUUACAAGUGGUAGAAAGUGAUCCUUGUUGUUGGAAUCGCUGGAUAAGUUCAAUAACUAAUGUUGAGCGUUUGCUUGAUGAAACUGGUGCUCGGCUGAUGAUGGAUCGUAUAUUCUCUACAAACGAUACAGUAAUUCAGUGUAAUACGAUUAGAAUGUUGAUGUCAAGUGGCGAAGUGACACAACAUAUUCGUGGUACAAUUUGGGCAUAUUGCAUUGAUCUAUUGAAUGAAGUCGACAUUGAACGAUAUGUUACAAUUACGGAUCGGGAAGUUGCAAUUUAUAAUACGCCAGAUGGAGUUCUCUAUAAUACGGCUGUUUUGGACUUAAAUUAUGAGAAAGAAUUUGGUGUGAAAAACGUGAGAAGAGAAAAUAAGGCUUACAAAUAUAAAGAUCAAUUGUUGGAAGCACAACUGAAAAAAGAACUUGCUGAGAAAAAGCGACAGGAAGGCAAAUUAAUUCCUCAACAAGAAAAAGCGAAAAAGGAGGAGUUACUUAUUGAAAAGAAAGUUAGAGAAGAAUUACAUGACUUAUAUUUGAAAUGCAAGAAAUGCACUGAAUCACUAGCAGCAGCGGUUACCGGAGAUCCAAUUGGUUCAGCGAAAUAUGUCCAUUUACUGCUUACGAUUGUUAUUCCAUUAUUGAGAUCUCCUCUUGUAUCAUCUUUGGCUUAUAAUGUUUUUCGUAGUUUUCGUAAUGCAGCUUUUGAUCCAUCGGAAGAUUAUUUACAUGAACUCAUACUGCAUUCAUCAAUACGCGUGUUGCGCUCAGUUUACAUGGAUGCAGCGUGGAAUCAAGAGUUGCUUACCGUCCAGGUGGAAAGGACAAUAGCAUUACUGACAACUCGAUGUGCGUUGCUCCCGGUCCUACUCGAAGAUGAAGAGCCUAAUGGGGAAGAGAUAUUGGGCACUGAUGAUGGAGAAGCGAUGAAUCUCCUCAAAUUCAAUGUAUCUUUUCCACUCAUUAAUGCAGUACUAAGGGAUGAAUCGUUUCCUUAUGCAUUACGACUGAAUACCAUGCGACUAUUGUCUUCUGCAUUAAAAAUCAAAUUCAUCGAUGUUAAUGAAGUAAAGUAUCUCCCUCUAAAUUGGCUCUGUUCACUUCUGCUUCAUAUCUUAACAAUAGACACUUCGGAAUUAUAUCACAUUGCGAAAACAUUACUUCAGACUUUUUGUGAACUAUUAGAUAAAUGUCCGAGAAAAGAUUUGCAACAGGCGGAAAUACUUGGACCUAUCAUGCGAUGUUUGCUGAAUAAAAAUGAUCAAUUAAGAGAAUGUGCUCUUCUGGCACUCAGUCGACCACAUGAUCUUUACAACGACUUGAAAUUAACUCAAGAUGGUGCACAAUUUAUGGCAACGUUUACAAGUCGUAUAUUUAUUGCUCGAAACGACCCGGUGAAAAAAUGUGUUGAUUUAGCUAACAAGAUUUGGCAAGAUAAAAACCUUUCCGCCACCACGGACCUACUUGAAAGUAUUUUGAGUAGCGUAACUUCGGAACAUAGCUUCUUGAGAAAAUCCGCAUCAAUUGGUCUAGGAAAAUUGUGUAAGGAAUUUCCGAAGAUUCUGCAGCAAACACUGGAUAAACUUGAUGUUUUAUAUUCAGAUUACCGAAAAAUCCGACCACCAGUUUAUGAUGAUAUUGGACGAGUAGUCACAGGUCCUGUAGAUUUAUGGAGAAAUCGAGCAGGUAUUGCAGAAGCUCUGCUUGUCAUUGCUCCUAAUCUUCCUCACAAGCUGGUGAUGAAUUUCAUCAAAAUCGUAAUCCCCAAUGGAAUCAAUGAUUCUAGUCCAGAAUGUCGAGAACUGAUGCAGAAUGCUGCGAUUGAAGUUAUCAAAAUGCAUGGAGAAACAGAAAUGGCAUCGCUUUUACUAUUUCUUGAAGAAAUGCUAAGCUCAACGUCAGACGAUAAAGACUUUGACAAUUUGCGCCAAGGUUUGGUCAUAAUGUUGGGUACGUUAGCACAGCAUUUAGAUCCGGCAAACGAAAAAGUGCGCAUUAUAACAUCUCGUUUAAUCGAAACACUCUCGACGCCAUCACAACAGGUGCAAGAAGCGGUGUCCAAAUGUUUGCCAGCAUUAGUUCCAGCAAUCAAGGAUCGUGCCAAGGAACUUGUUUCAACACUGUCAUGUCUCCUUGUUGAAGCUGAUUCGUACGGCGAGCGACGAGGAGCAGCAUACGGAAUUGCUGGGCUUGUUAAAGGCCUCGGGAUGUCUGCAAUGCGUGAGCUAGAACUGAUAAAAUUCUUGCAAAAUUCAUUGGCAGAUAAGAAAAACGCUCGUCAUCGUGAGGGUGCUCUCUUAGCUCUUGAACUUCUUUGCAGCUCAAUGGGCAAAUUAUUUGAGCCUUACAUUGUGCAACUUUUACCAUCAUUAUUAAUUUGUUUCGGUGAUUCCGACGAUAACGUUCGUCGAGCAGCAAACGAUGCAGCACAAUCCAUGAUGUCUAUGCUUUCUGCUCAUGGUGUUAAGCUAGUGUUGCCGUCACUUCUAACUGCAUUGGACGAAGACUCAUGGCGUACGAAGUGUGCUUCUGUGGAACUGUUGGGGUCGAUGGCAUUCUGUGCACCCAAACAACUCUCAGCUUGCUUACCAAGCAUUGUUCCUAAACUUAUUGAAGUGCUGACCGACUCACAUUCAAAAGUACAGAAAUCCGGAGAAAAAGCUCUAAAACAGAUCGCUAAUGUUAUUCGGAAUCCAGAAAUUCUUAGCAUAAGCAAUCAGUUGUUAACGGGUUUGACUGAUCCAGCUGACAAAACAUCCUCUUGUUUACAAACGGUAGUGAAUACAAAAUUCAUACAUUACAUUGAUGCUGCUUCACUCUCUUUGAUAAUGCCUAUUGUUCGUCGUGCGUUCAGUGAUCGAUCUUCUGAAACGCGUCGUAUGGCUGCUCAAAUAAUCGCAAAUAUCUAUUCUCUAGCGGAUAAUAAAGCAUGUUUAUUUUACCUAUUUUUAAUGCUUUACUUGAGCUUGAAAGAUAUGGAACCGUAUCUUGCUGGUCUUUUACCGGGAUUACAGAAAGCAUUAUUAGAUCCUAUCCCAGAAAUACGUACUGUUGCUGCAAAGGCUCUUGGUGCAAUUAUUGGAUAUUCUGUUGGAGAUACUGCAUCAAAAAUGCGUGAGCAACUUAUACCAUGGCUCAAGGAGAAGCUUAUUUCGAAUACAAAUGCCGUAGAUCGAUCGGGUGCUGCACAAGGACUAGCAGAAGUUCUUAAAGCAGUAGGUGAGGAUCAGUUAGCAAUGGUCAUGCCCGAUAUAAUAAAAACAACAGAGUCAAAAGAGGCAACACCAGAAAUACGUGAUGGUUAUAUAUUGAUGUAUAUUUAUUUACCUAUGGCAUUUGGAGACCAUUUUGUGCCAUAUUUAUCUCAGGUCAUACCAAGCAUAUUAAAAGCGCUGGCAGAUGAGAACGAAUAUGUACGACAUAGCGCAUUGAAAGCAGGUCAACGUCUGAUUGCGAUGUAUUGCGUGCAUGCUAGACGACUUUUAUUGCCGCAGUUGCAAGCUGCCUUGUUUGAUGACAAUUGGCGAAUUCGAUUUGCAGCAGUUACACUGAUCGGUGAUUUCUUAUUCAGCAUAUCAGGUGUUAGCGGGAAAAUGACGUCAGCAACUUUAAACGAGGAUGAUACGAUGGGUAUGGAGUCAGCCGGGAAAGCUAUUGUUCGACAGCUUGGACAAGCUUGCAGGGAUCGUGUUUUAGCAGGUAUUUACUUAUCGCGUUCAGAUAUUGCACUCCAAGUUCGUCAAGUUGCAAGUCAUGUUUGGAAAGUAGUGGUGGCGAAUACUCCACGUACUCUGAAAGAAUUGAUGAAAACGCUAUUUGAAAUGUUACUUGUUUGUUUGGCAAGCAAUAGUGAAGAUCGACAAGUGAUGGCUGGACGUUGUCUUGGAGAACUAGUGAAGAAAAUGGGUGAGCGAAUAAUCAUCGAUGUGUUACCUGUUCUUGAACGUGGUCUUUCAUCCGAAUUAAUUGAACAGCGUGUUGGAGUAGCUAUUGCUUUACAUGAAAUUAUCGAGAAUUCUACAAAGGAUAUUGUAUUAAUGUAUUCGGGACAGCUGGUUGAACCAAUUAAGAAAAUCAUAUGUGAUUCCAAUGUGUUGGUACGCCAGGCAGCUGCUACUUCGUUCACAUCAUUCUAUCAAUUAUCUUUGCAAAUAAUAAUUAUGAUUAAGACUGCUGGUUUCUCGGCGUUUGAGGAUAUUGUAGCGCCACUUCUAGAUGUAAAUGUAAUAUCCAAAGAUGACGUAUUAGAUGGUCUUUCGCAAAUAAUGCGUCUGAAUGGAAGGCAAAUGCUGCCUUAUGUUUUGCCGAAGUUAACACGACCACCAGUAAAUGUUAGAGCGUUAUGUGCCCUUUCAGCAGUUGCUGGUGAUUCGCUUAGUCGAAAUAUUGCCAGAAUCUUGGAUUCCAUAUUAGAUAAUUGCACUACAGAUGAGGAAAUCAACCAAUGUUUGGAAGUGAUUCUUUCCGUAUCAGACGAUGAUGGUAUUGCAGUUAUAAUUACUACUCUUUUGCAACGAGCAAAAUCUUGCAAUCAUAUUCCUUCAUCAGCAUUAAUUCACCUUUUUGCUAAGAAUGCACAGUUUAAUCUCAGUAAUUUUGUGGAUCAAAUUUUUCCGGGCACGUUGCUACUCUAUGAUUCAGCAGUAAAUGAAGUGGUGGAAAAUGCAGUUGAAACUUUGAUAUAUGUUUGUCAAAGUCUGGAUCAAAAGCAGAUGUUAUCUGUUUUAUUAACCUUGAAGCAAGCCCUUCUGUUUUUACAAAAAACUGCCGGUGCUCCUUCCAUAGCAGGCUUUGCACGCAGUAAGGGUCUUUCUUCUCUGCUACCAAUUAUUCGAGAAGCUAUUCUGUCUGGUAGUGCAGAACUGAAGGAGCAGGCCGCUGAAACUCUUGGAACUAUUGUGUCAUUAAGUACAGCAGAUGCUCUGAAGCCUCAUGUAGUGAGUGUUACGGGCCCAUUAAUACGUGUUCUCGGUGAUAGAUAUUCGCAUACUGUCAAGAUUUCUAUUCUUACAACACUUUCUUCUCUUAUGGAUAAGGUAGGUAUGCAGCUGCGUCCCUUCUUGCCACAACUUCAGAGUACUUUUUUAAAAGCUCUACAAGAUACAACUGCACGCAAAGUACGACUUUGUGCAGGUGGUGCAUUAUCACGCUUAAUUAGCAUUCACAUGAAACCCGAUCUAAUUGUGUUGGAACUCAUCAAAUAUUUGAAUGCUUCGGCAGAUUAUGCGAUAAUUGAAACAACAUUAAUUGUGCUAAGGGCAGUCUUUGUUCGCCUUCAACCAAAAGUUAUAAGUGACAAUGUUCUUCAAGAAGCCAUCAAGAUAGCAGAAAAACAUCAGGAAAACAAUGAAAAUUGGGUCGUAGUACAAGCUGCUUCUGCACUUCUUGGUGAACUUGCUCUGAAAAUGAACCAAGUGGCAAACAUCGUGACUUUAAUUCCCGACGAGAGCCACUGUCAUUAUGCCGUUAGUGUAACUUUACAAUACGCAUGUUGUACUGAUCCACAUGAAGUACUAGAAGUGUAUGGUAUCGAAAAACUACGCACUGUAUUUAUCAGUGCAAUACAAUGCGACAAACCAGAAAUUGCAUCGUCUGCUAUACGAGCUACAGCAUCCAUACUAUUGUGUCAAGAAGUAAUGGAUGUACCUCUAUUGUCGUCAGUUGUGCGGGCAAUAAAUCAUCCUAUCAAUGAAGUGAAAUGUGUAGCAGCCUUAGGAAUCCAUUAUAUUGCGUCAAGAAUACUAUCCAUAAAUGAAAUGAAGGUUAUUGUUCCGAUGAUGUUAAAUGGAAUGAAAGAAAAAAACAGUGCAGUUCGUGCUGCAUGUGAACAAACACUUAUCGCAUUAUUUAGACUCAGGGAUGAGGAUCCUAGAUAUGAUGAUUAUUUAUCUACAGUUGAAGGAGCAGCAAGAGAUGUGCUUGUUGAUGCUUACAAAAUAUUACAAAGAAUUCUGAAACAACCAGAUCCAGGAUUAGAACCACUGUCGGAUAUUAUAAAUGUACCAUGA